AUGCAGCAAGUUAUUAUUAGAAACACACAAAUAGCUACUUCUAAUGGAUUAGUAGGUCUGAUGUCACCAUAUCCCACAGUACUCAUAGUUACAAUUAUGUAAUAAUAUGAGUAUAAAUAUUAAUCAUACCAUGAAGAAUCACUUAAAUUCAUUAAAUCAAUCCAAGAAUAGAACGAUUAGUUUCCUUUUUCUACAUUCAAACUAGAACUUGAAUUUCCCUAUGAAGAAUCAAAAUAUUCUUGUGAAACUAGACCUAUUCGCAGCCAAAUGCAUGCAAAAAUGUAGUAAUAAAAUUAAGACUGCUCUAUUUUGUUAGAUGUUACAAAAGUGUAUUAAGUAGUAAACGGAAGUAAAGAAAACAGAGCAAAUAUCACAGUAAAAUGUUAUAGAAGAUCUGUAAUAGCUAAAUAUGUCUUGUCUGUUAGUGCAAAGGAUACCUUUAAUGUAGAUGCCUGUGUUUAUUGUUAAGAAAAUAUCAAUAACAAGGCAUAAUUAACACAAUAAGAGUAUUCUAAUAUCAAAAAGGUUAUUAAUAUUUAUAUCAACUGUAAACGCAAUUAAAUAAAAGAAAUAGCAAAUGGAGAUACUGAUUAUCUUAAGCAUUUACCAAAUACUUAUGAAGUAACUAUGAGGCAAGAAAAUAGGAAUGGAUAUCCUUUAAAUCAUUUGGAAAAUAAAAAAUUUAUUAUCAUUAUUCUAACUUUAAUUAUUUAAAUUGCUAUUAUCACUUUGUUAAAAUCCAGAUCUUACUCAACUAUAAAAAAGUAUUUAUAUACUUCUUUAAUCUUAUCUUCUUAAUAAUCUGGAUAAACAUUUCAACUUUUUGAAAAGCAUCUUUAUCCUGCUUUAAGUGUGAUUCUAAGCUAUGGCCUGAGAGAUUAAAAUCUUUAUCAUUCAUUCGAUUUUACUGGCUUUGCCUUUUAGUGUCCAAGAUGCUCUUAGAAAAUAAAUUAUCAGUAUCUUGAUUAAUCUGUAAAAAAUUAGAUGUUCUAAAAAGAGUUCUGA